CUGUGAAAGUAACGUAGCAUGCAUGGAUGGAUGGCUGGCUGGAUGGAUGCACAAACACCGAACAAGAACACCUCGGAUGUGAAAGGAGUUAUACCUGGCUUCCGUCGUACCUCUUGAGCUCUUCUUCUGUGAAUAAUCUCACAGGUUUGGUAGCUGGUUUGUAUUUUAACUUGACGUCGUCUGCCAAAGCCAGGCUAAUAAAUACAACGAAGAACAGGCUAGCUCCGGCUGUUGCCAUGGCAGAGUGUUUGUUUGUUGGACGCGGAGCUGAACUCGCCGUUUCACUUCCUGGUUGCGUUUAUAUAACGUCAGCCGAUCAUGUGACGUAGUAAGAAACUCACUGUUUCACUUCCUUGUGUGAUCAAUGUUGCGUUUGAUGUCAUAGGAAAUGAGACCGUUAGUGUAGUACGGGCCAAAUCCAAAUGUAAUAGAUCGAACCUUAAUUGGAAACUUUCAAGUGGUUUGCCGAAUGUAGAUUAUAAAUGAUAUCAAAGUAAUUUAAUAUACAUAUCGAUUUUUCCGCGAUCAGUUUAGGUCAGUCUUGCUAUCUUCCGAUGAUCAGUGAAGACAGCAGCAAGCUCCCGUGGCAAAACGGUGACGUCAUAAUCCUCACAAAAUAUACACAAGUGGGUACAUAUAUUGAUAAAUAUAUUUGAUCCACACAACAAAGAUGUAUUUGUGAAAAUAAAAAUGAGCAAUUUUAAAAUGAAGCCGAAAUCUCGAGGCUUGAGUUCGACCGACUGAAUGGCGUUGCAAGUAUCACGUGACCGAUUACGUAACCAGUGUCAUACUUCAGCGCGUUUACAAACGGCUCGGGAAAAAAUUAAAAAUAAAAAUAAACAGCUCGAAACGGAUUGAUGGCUUCUAAUGGCUUGUAUCUUGGCGCUAACUGAUGUAUAUAAUUCCCACCAAGCUGUGGAACAAUGUGGCCUUGUAAGGACAGCACUGGCAAUUUUAGUGAUGACGACCAGUGUUUCACUCUUUUUAGUGACAUAGGUUGCUUUGACGUCAUUCUUCCACCGGAUGUCCCUGUUGCUUUCACUGAGGAGCCAAAGCUCCGGAUAUGAUCCGGAACAAACUUCAUGACGCUCCGUUCCAUAUCUGACCAAGAGUGUAGAGACUAAUUAGAUCGAUUUCCGGUAUUUUACACAUAAUGAGCAACAAAAAAACGGGUGUAACUAGAACAGUAGACAGUAUUUAUAGUUCCGGGAAACGCCUACACGCAUUCCAAUUGACAUGACUCCCUGUUCACAUUGAAAUUAUUUGUUUCUUAGUAAAUAACUAAUUAUUCGCUACUCCACGCUUGUUUUGGUUGUUGCUCUGAGAGUGGACACUGCGCGUGCGCAAUGUCUUCUGCCGUAUGACACAGCGCCGCACACAGGCUGGCGUGUGUACUACACAGUUUUGAGUAACGUUAAGUGUGAAUUAUUUACCAAAACGAUAAGAUAAAUAUUUUUUUAGAAAACGACAAACCCCCCAAAAGUUUUCCUGUAUUUCCGUGUGACGUACGUUAGACAGGAAGACACGUCAAGGACACAAACCUUUGAGUUUGGCACCCUAAGGGCGUGUCUUUGUCUUCCUAUCAUGGGAGGGUCGCCUUUUUCCAAACCUCCUCCUCGCGGUGUGCUUCCUAUCCCCUCCUUUUGUGAUCUACAUGUAAAAUGUUGCGUGGAAGUUGUCCUCCGAGUUGAAAAGACUCCAAAAGUCCUUCUAGAAACAGUCCUUGCGAGUAAGCAAAGGAAUGGUCGGCAAAGACAACUCAUACCAAGAGUUAAGCGAUGACGACAAUGCCCAAAACAACACCGCAUCCCCAGACCGCUUUGGAGACAACAAGGAUCACAACGACAGCAUUUUACCAGAUGACGACGUGAGGGGCAGCUUGUUCUCCAUGAUGGUGAGCAAGACGUGCCUGAAGAACGUCUUCACGGUGGUGCUCAUCUUCAUCUACGUGUUGCUGACGGCUGUGGCCGCCUUUCUGGCCUACCAGACCAUCUCCGACUUCUUGGAUAAGCUCAACCACCCUGUCAUGUCGGUCACCUAUAAGGAGGUGGAUGCCUUCUCCCCGCCGGGUAUCGCUCUCUUUCCCGGGAAUGCCCAGCUGCUGAGCUGCCAGCACCAUCACCACGACAGCAUCCCACCUGUAGUGGACCCCGGGACGCCCCAAGCAGGGGACUGCGUCAUCGUUGAGGUUACCUACUUAGGACCCUUCUCCAAUCAUACACAGAAGAAGGCGCUGGUGGUCCGCGGCCCGUCGGACGUCAGGAGCAAAGAGCUGAUCUUCAUGCAGUUUAGUCAGAACAAAACAGAAGAGGACUUCAGCGCCAUCACUUAUAUGCUGUUCGCCAACUUUAGCGACCUCGCACACAGUGUGAAUAAAUCUGAGUUCAUGAGGCACUGUGAGAGGAAUUACUCCACAUGGACCUUGUCCGGGGGAUUCCGAACCUGGGUCAAGAUGUCCUUAGUGAGGACGACGGGGAAGAGCAGCAAAUCUGUGCAGUUUCUUCAAGAGUCUACUGUGGUCAAAUUCAACGACAAGAGGCCCGCAUCUGAGAGAAGCACCCAGCUGUUCUUUGCUGUUUUUGAAUGGAGGGAUCCUUUUAUCAAAGAAAUUCGACUGAUCGUGACUGCAAAUGCAUGGAGUUCGGUAGCCAUUCUUUGCGGCGUUUUUAUGGCUUUUUUCAAGGCGGCUAAUUUUGCCAAACUGAGCGUCCAGUGGAUCAUCAGGAUGCGCAGGAGGCACCGGAGGAACAAGGUCAAGGAGCUCAACCCCAUCACGGAGGAGGUUUCACCCAAGUGAAAUGAGAGGCAAUUUUUCCCAACAUUUCUGCUAAGGCAGUUUUUAUGCACAUAAAUGAACAUUUUACUGAAAGACACUGAACAUGUUUUGAUUCUUCACUGUGUGAGUAAAUCCGAAUGAAACUAUUUCUCAUGCUAUUCCAAAAGUACUGCAAUUUUUGUGUUGACAAAUGCUAUACAUGGCCAAUCAUCUACAUGUGUUGAUAAAGGGAAUUACAAUUUGCACUAGUUUUUAUUGGAGUAAUGAUCUGCUGUUGAUAGUAUUGUUGCUUUGGUCAUAGCAGGCAAUGCAGUUGUGUUUAUUUGUGUAGAAAUGACUUGAACUGUGUAUGUAUGUGUGACAAUAAAAUAUGCCGUAUUUUUUA